AUGGCGGCGGUGUCGCUGCUCCUCCUGUGGCCGCUGUUGCUGCUCCUGGCGGCGGCGGGGGCUGCGGGAGAGGCCGAGGCUGCGGCCCGGGGAGAGGCCGGCGUCUUCCAGCCCGCGUCCGCGCUCACACAGUUCCAGUUCGGGGCGGCGGCGACGGCGGUGUCCGGGGCCCAGCGUGAGGGCGGGCGGGGAGCGGUGGCCGGAGCCGGGGGAGAGGCCGGGGCCCAGCGUGAAGGAGCGGGGCCUGGGCCUAGGUUACAGGCUGAGGGAGCGGGGCCUGGGCCUGGGUUAGAGCCCCAUUCCGAGCGUCAGGGCCCCAGCCCCGGGGUAGAGGCCGAGGGAGGGAGGCCUGGCGCUAGGGUAGAGCCCCAGCCCCAGCGUGAUGGCCCUGGGCCUGGGGUAGAGGCUGAGCCCCAGUGUCAGGGCCCCGGGCCUAGGUUAGAGCCCCAACCCCAGUGUCAGGGCCCCAGCCCCGGGGUGGAGGUAGAGCCCCAGUCCCAGCGUGAGGGCCCCAGCCCCGGGGUGGAGGUAGAGGCCCAGCCCCAGCGCCAGGGCCCCAGCCCCGGGGUGGACGUGCUGGAGCCCCCGCUGCUGCUGUGGUGGAGCGGGCAGCUGUUCCCGCACCUUCCCCGCCGCACACAGCGCAUCGAUUGCCGGGCCGGGCCGUGUGUGUCGAGCCGUCGCCGCCGCCACCGGGGCCGCGCCGCCGCCAUCAUCGUGUACGGCACCGAGCUCCGCGCCUACGAGGCUCCGCUGCCUCGGGCUGCCCGCCAGACCUGGGCCCUCUUCCACGAGGAGUCGCCCAUGAACAACUACCUGCUGGUCCACGCCGCCGCCAUCCGCCUCUUCAACUACACAGCCACCUUCCGCAGGCACUCCGACUACCCGCUGUCCCUGCAGUGGCUGCCCGGCCUGCCCUACCUCCGCCACCCGCCAACAUUCUCCCUCGGGCACAAGCAACAGGCCCGCAGCCGCGGCCUUGCCCCCGUCCUCUACCUGCAGUCACACUGCCAGGUGGCCGCCGACCGCGACCGCUAUGUCCAGCAGCUCAUGCAACACCUACAGAUUGACUCCUAUGGCCAGUGCCUGCAGAACAAGGAGCUGCCCAAUCAGCGGCUGGUGGACACUCUGACAGCGACCACAGAAGAUCCAGAGUUCAUGGAAUUCAUCAGCAAGUACAAGUUUCACCUUGCCAUGGAGAAUGCGAUCUGUGAUGACUACAUGACUGAGAAACUGUGGCGGCCCAUGCACUUGGGAGUGGUGCCGAUAUACCGCGGGUCCCCUGUGGUGCAGGACUGGUUGCCCAAUUCCCACUCUGUAAUUCUGAUCGACGACUUCCAAUCUCCCAAAGACCUGGCAGACUAUAUCAAUUACUUGGAUCAGAAUGACGAGGAGUACAUGAAGUAUCUGGAGUAUAAAAAGCCAGGUGGCAUCACUAACACUGUACUGGUGGAGAGUUUGGAGAAGCGGGAGUGGGGCGUGAAUGACUUUAACAAGCCCAACUAUUUGAACGGAUUUGAAUGCUAUGUUUGCGAUCAGGAGAACAUGCGCCUGCGGGCAGAGAAGGCUCACCAGGAGCAACCUGAUAAAUUCCCACCACCAGCCCCCAAGAUGGCUGCGUAUAAUCACUUGGGAUGCCCCGUCCCAGAGCCUGGGUUUGGAAGCUUCGAUGACAUCCCUGACGACGACAGUUGGAAACAAAUGUGGCAGCAAGACUACUGGCAGAGCGCUGACCAAGCUGAAGCAUUGGCUACCAUGAUUCUCCGCAAUGAAUCCGACGCCAGUAAACUGUGGGAUUACGUCCAUCAAUUGAUGAUGAAGAGGAGCAAACACUAACGCUGGGAUUAAAGUUAUUUGCAAAUCCUACUUAAAAAUCAUGCCAGCAAAGGACAUACACUACCCAUCAUGUGUGACUGGACGAUCAUGUUGACAUAUAUAGAUCUAUUUUCAUUGAGAACAAUUUCUUACGAUUUUAUAUAUUUCUAAAAAGCAUCUCGUAUUCAUUAUGUUUAUAAUUGUACAAAAGUAGGCAGCUUUUUAUACUGUUA